GCAUGUUUUGGAAAUUUGAUCUUCACUCAUCAUCCCAUAUAGACACACUUCUAGAGAGAGAAGAUGUAACACUGAAGGAAUUAAUGGAUGAAGAAGAUGUUUUACAGGAGUGCAAAGCUCAAAAUCGCAAGCUGAUAGAGUUUCUUUUGAAAUCAGAAUGUCUGGAAGAUCUAGUUUCAUUCAUUAUAGAAGAGCCACCUCAAGACAUGGAUGAAAAAAUCAGAUACAAGUACCCAAACAUAUCUUGUGAGCUGCUUACUUCAGACGUUUCACAGAUUAAUGAUAGACUGGGAGAAGAAGAAUCAUUACUAACAAAACUGUACAGUUUUCUUUUAAAUGAGCCCCCUUUAAACCCAUUAUUGGCCAGUUUCUUCAGCAAGGUGCUAAGUAUUCUUAUUAGCAGAAAACCAGAACAGAUUGUGGAUUUCUUAAAGAAAAAGCAUGAUUUUGUAGACCUCAUUAUAAAGCACAUAGGGACCUCUGCUAUUAUGGACUUGUUGCUCAGGCUAUUGACCUGCAUAGAACCUCCACAGCCCAGGCAAGAAGUAUUAAAUUGGUUAAACGAGGAGAGAAUUAUCCAGAGACUUGUGGAAAUUGUGCAUCCUUCUCAAGAUGAUGAUAGACAUUCAAAUGCAUCCCAGUCACUUUGUGAGAUCAUCCGCCUGAGCAGAGACCAGAUGCUACAAGUACAAAACAGUUCAGAACCCGAUCCCCUGCUUGCAACACUAGAAAAAAAAGAAAUCAUAGAGCAGCUGCUAUCAAAUAUUUUUAAUAAAGAAAAAAAUGAAUCUGCAAUAGUCAGUGCAAUUCAGAUAUUGCUUACAUUACUGGAAACAAGACGACCGACAUUCGAAGGUCACAUAGAGAUUUGUCCGCCAGGUAUGAGCCAUUCAACAUAUUUGGUCAAUAAGAGUGUACUAGAAGCCAUAAGAGCACGACUUGCAUCCUUUCAUGAACUGCUAUUGGAGCCCCCCAAAAAAAGUGUAAUGAAGACAACGUGGGGAGUGUUGGAUCCACCUGUCGGGAAUACCAGAUUAAAUGUGAUUCGGUUAAUAUCCAGCCUCCUGCAGACAAACACAAACAAUAUCAACCUGGAGCUUAUAGAGCUUAAUAGCAUAGGAGUUAUACUGGAUAUGUUUUUUAAGUAUACAUGGAAUAACUUUUUACAUACUCAAGUAGAAAUUUGUGUUGCAUUGAUUCUCGCAAGUCCUUUUGAAAGCACGGAAAAUGGUACUAUUUCAGAUCAGGAUUCCACUGGAGACAACAUUUUGCUGAAACAUCUUUUCCUUAAGUGCCAUUUAAUAGAACGAGUACUUGAAGCAUGGGAGAUGAAUGAGAAGAAACAGUCCGAAGGAGGACAGCGAUAUGGCUACAUGGGUCACUUAACAAGGAUAGCUAACUGUAUUGUGCACAGUACUGAUAAAGGGCCAAAUAGUACACUAGUACAACAGCUUAUUAAAGAGCUUCCAGAUGAAGUCAGGGAGCGAUGGGAGACAUUCUGCACGAGUUCUUUAGGCGAAACGAACAAAAGAAACACAGUGGAUCUAGUUACUACCUGCCAUAUUCAUUUAUCCAGUGAUGAUGAAAUUGAUUUUAAGGAAACUGGUUUCUCACAGGAUUCCUCUUUGCAACAAGCCUUUUCUGAUUAUCAGAUGCAACAAAUGACGUCCAAUUUUAUUGACCAGUUCGGCUUCAACGAUGAGAAGUUUGCUGAUCAAGAUGACAUUGGCAAUGUUUCUUUUGAUCGUGUGUCGGACAUCAAUUUUACCCUCAAUACAAACGAAAGUGGCAACAUUGCUUUGUUUGAGGCAUGCUGCAAGGAGAGAAUACAGCAGUUUGAUGAUGGUGGUUCUGACGAAGAAGAUAUCUGGGAAGAGAAACACAUUGCAUUUACACCGGAAUCUCAGAGACAAUCCAGCUCAGGCAGUACAGACAGUGAAGAAAGUACAGAUUCUGAAGAAGAGGAUGGAGCAAAGCAAGACUUGUUUGACUCAAGCAACAAUACAGAAGACAAGAUGGAAGUAGAUUUAAAUGAACCACCUAAUUGGUCAGCUAACUUUGAUGUUCCUAUGGAAACCACACAUGGCAGCAAUCUGGAUUCUGUUGGGUCUGAUGUAUGGAGCACAGAAGAACCUGUACCAGCAAAAGAAACUGGAUGGGCUUCCUUUUCAGAGUUCACAUCUUCUCUAAGUUCAAAAGAUUCCUUAAGAAGUAAUUCACCUGUGGAAAUGGAAACCAACACAGAGCCAGUAGACCCUUUGAGUGCAAAUGUAGCAGCGCUUGCAACAGAAUCAGAAGCUGCAGGAACUGUUGCAAUGGAGGCUGGUUCUGAUGGAGAAGAUGAUAUAGAAAAUGCAGACAAGGUGACUGAGACAGUAAUGAAUGGCAGCAUGAAGGAAACCCUUAGCCUUACUGUAGAUGCUAAAACAGAAACUGCCGUCUUCAAAAGUGAGGAAGGAAAAUUGUCUACCUCGCAAGAUGCUUCUUGUAAAUAUAUGGUGGAGGAGAAUGCAGAAGCUGGAGAAGAAAAUCCUGUCACGGCGCAGCCUGCAAGCAGCAGUCUGGAACAGAGGAAUGGUCAACAAGCUCUUCUACCAGAGGCAUCUGUUAAUGGCCCUGUAUGAUAUGUGAUACUGACUGCUGUUGGCUGAAGAAUAUGAACUGAUAUCCAAGGAUAACUUGAGGAUUUCAUCUAGAGCCUAUUGGAGCCAGUUACUGCUGCACUAAUUUCGCAAGGGAUCAGGACCAGCAACAUUUAUAUUCUAGAUUUUGAGACAUUGUACAGAAAUUCAUAAGUGUAAAAAUUGCACAUUGAGAAAUACCAAGAAUUUUUGCGUAUGUUUAUAUUGUAUUGUUCUAAAUAAUAAUGGGUGAUUUGUGAAAUAAGAUCUUGCCACCCAAGUAAUGAUAGUAGUGAUACUCUAGUUAAAAUGGCUGUAAGAAUAGUUUUAUAAAAAAAAAAAGUGAAUACACAAAUCUAAUGUAUUUGAGGCAUAACUGACAAUUAGUGACCAAAGUAUUUAGCAGUCCCAUCAUUUUUUACCCUGAAAUUUGAAGUCCAUAUUUCUUUCAGUUUGGCCACACACACAAAAAAAGUACAACUGCAAUGCCCUCUAAAUGUUUUGGUUGUUUUAACCAGGAUUUUUGGUGUUCAGCAUUUUACAGCAGGUUUUCAAUUGAUAAUUGUUUUCUGUAUUGUUUAA